AAGUGCCUUUGACAAAGGCCCUGGACUCAUCUAGAAGAUAAACCCCCGUUAAAACUCCACCGCCACAUAACGAAGGGUUUUUUGCCUCUUUCACAAGAAGAGAAAACGGCACACACACACGGACAGUUCUCUCUCUCUCAUCAACAAAACCCUAAACCCUAAUACUCUCUCUCAUCACCUCCACUAAACCUCUCUCGCUCCUCCCACCGUUCCACCAAAUGGCGACAGCUGUUCUGCUCAGAUCUCUCCGCCGACGCGACCUCGCUUCCGCGUCCCUAUCCACUUACAAAUCCUUGACUGGAAAUGCCAAGCCGUUGUGGGCGCCCUCACACUUUGGUACAAAAUGGGCAAGUUUAACAAGGCCAUUUAGUACAAAGCCUGCUGGAAAUGAUGUUAUUGGGAUUGAUUUGGGUACAACAAACUCGUGUGUUUCAGUAAUGGAGGGCAAGACUCCCAAAGUUAUUGAAAAUUCUGAGGGAUCUCGUACCACACCAUCAGUCAUUGCCUUUAAUCAAAAGGGAGAGCUGCUUGUGGGUACCCCUGCCAAACGUCAAGCUGUGACCAACCCAACAAAUACUGUUUUUGGGACAAAGCGUCUCAUCGGAAGGCGCUUUGAUGACCCCCAAACACAGAAAGAAAUGAAAAUGGUUCCAUACAAGAUAGUCAGGGCUCCUAAUGGAGACGCUUGGGUUGAAGUCAACGGGCAGCAAUAUUCUCCUAGCCAAAUUGGAGCAUUCGUUCUGACCAAGAUGAAAGAGACUGCAGAAUCAUAUUUAGGAAAGACGGUCACAAAAGCUGUUAUCACUGUACCGGCUUAUUUCAAUGAUGCCCAGAGACAAGCAACAAAGGAUGCUGGGCGAAUUGCUGGCCUUGAUGUGCAGAGAAUCAUUAAUGAGCCUACUGCUGCUGCACUUUCGUAUGGUUUGAACAACAAGGAGGGUCUUGUAGCGGUUUUUGAUCUCGGUGGUGGAACCUUUGAUGUUUCCAUUCUGGAAAUAUCUAAUGGUGUUUUUGAGGUAAAAGCAACGAACGGUGAUACAUUUUUGGGAGGAGAAGACUUUGACAAUACUCUGCUAGAAUUCUUAGUGAGCGAGUUCAAAAGAACAGAGGGUAUUGAUCUGUCAAAAGACAGGCUUGCCCUCCAGAGGCUUAGAGAAGCGGCCGAAAAGGCUAAAAUUGAGCUGUCGUCUACAUCUCAGACUGAUAUCAACCUUCCAUUCAUCACUGCCGAUUCCUCUGGUGCAAAGCACUUGAAUAUCACAUUGACCAGGUCAAAAUUCGAGGCCUUGGUUAAUGACCUGAUUGAGAGGACUAAGAAUCCAUGCAAGAGCUGUUUGAAGGAUGCAGGGAUAACAACCAAGGAGGUGGAUGAGGUUCUUCUUGUUGGAGGAAUGACUCGCGUUCCAAAAGUGCAAGAAGUGGUACAAGAAAUAUUUGGUAAGACUCCAAGUAAAGGAGUAAAUCCGGAUGAGGCGGUGGCUAUGGGAGCUGCAAUCCAGGGCGGUAUUCUUCGUGGAGAUGUUAAGGAGUUGCUUCUCCUUGAUGUAACUCCUCUCUCCCUUGGUAUUGAGACACUUGGGGGUAUUUUCACCCGAUUGAUCAAUAGGAACACGACCAUUCCAACGAAGAAAAGCCAGGUGUUCUCUACAGCUGCUGACAACCAAACUCAGGUGGGUAUUAAAGUUCUUCAAGGCGAGCGUGAGAUGGCAUCAGACAACAAAAUGCUUGGUGAAUUCGAGCUCGUGGGCAUUCCACCGUCUCCUAGAGGCAUACCUCAGAUAGAAGUCACCUUCGACAUCGACGCCAAUGGUAUUGUCACGGUAUCCGCCAAGGACAAGACUACUGGUAAAGAACAACAGAUCACCAUUCGUUCCUCAGGAGGCCUAUCAGAAGACGAGAUUGAAAAGAUGGUGAAGGAAGCAGAGAUGCACGCCCAAAGAGACCAAGAGAGGAAAGCUCUCAUCGAUGUCAGAAACAAUGCUGACACCACCAUUUAUAGCAUUGAGAAGAGCUUGAACGAGUAUAGGGACAAAGUACCAAGCGAGGUGGUGUCAGAGAUAGAGUCUUCUAUUAAGGAUUUGAGGGACGCAAUGGCGAAGGAUAACGUCGACGAGAUUAAAGCCAAGCUUGAUGCAGCCAACAAAGCCGUUUCGAAGAUCGGGCAGCACAUGUCGGGCGGUUCGGGGGGAGGUUCCGGAGGGUCUCAGGGCGGUGAUCAGGCGCCCGAGGCAGAGUACGAGGAGGUAAAGAAGUAGGUGGAGAGAGAUAGAAAUAAGAAGACAGGGUGGUAAUUGAGAUCAAACUUCAGUGGUCUUUUGUUUUCGUGUUAUAAUUUGGGAGUUUUGUAUUUAGAACUUGUGCCUUGGGUGUAUGAAGUUCUCCUAAUUUUAAUGUUUGCUUGUUCCACACUAAUGUGUAGAUUGUUAAUAAAUCUCCCUGCUGAAAUCUGAUCUCAUUUUUGGGAUUUCAUUCAA